AUGGAGGCUACUGAUAAUGCUCCUGCAGUGUGUGAACAUUGUGAUGCAGAAUGUUCAGCUAGUUUCUCAGGCCCUGUUUGUCAGCCCUGUCAUUCACAGUGCAGAAAUUGCUUCAAUGGUACAGAAUAUGAUUGUCUUCAGAGUGAAUCAUACACAAUUAGGACUAGUUUCCACACUUUCUUUUGUGCACCCUCCUGUACAACGGAAUACCCCACUGAACUCAGUCCAUACGUCUGCGGCAAGGACUGCCCCUCUAUGCAAUUCCCCAAUGCUAAGUCAAAGUGCGAAGCCUGCCACAGUGAAUGCAAAGGUGGUUGCCAGAAUGGCACACGGAGUGGAUGCUUUGAAUGCAGUAAUGUUGUGGUGAAUAAGGAAUGUCGCUCAGAGUGUCCUGCUGCUUAUGAGAACGUCAAUGGAACAUGUCUCUACCUUCACGGGCCAGACCAGACUGCAAAGCCAAAACCAGGUUCUCCUCAUCUUAACAGUGGAGGUUUGUCCAUCGGACUUCUUGCCGUCAUCGUGAUUAGUGCCCUCAUCAUCUUCCUCAUUAUCGUCAUGUUUAUCAUCUGGUUCAAACGACGUAUCAAGAAUGAUAUGUACAUAGACAUCCCGCCUAACAUAGACUUAAAUGAUAUGAAGAGCAGUGAUUACACUGGAGCACCUUUGACACCCAGCAAUGUGGAACCUAACCAGGCUCAACUGAAGAUCAUCAAAGACACUGAGCUGAAGCUAGGUCCAGUCCUUGGAUCCGGGUCAUGGAUCCCAGAGGGUGAGAAGAUCAGGAUUCCUGUAGCUAUCAAAGCUCUAAGGGAAGUCUCACCACAUGCUGCUGAGGAAUUACUUGAGGAAGCAAAGGUUAUGGCAUCUGUGGACCACCCGUGUCUGCUACGUCUUCUGUGUGUCUGUAUUGCACAAAACAUGACAUUGAUCACCCAGCUUAUGCCAUUAGGAGCUAUCUUGGACUAUGUUCGUCAACACAAGGAACAGAUAGGAUCUCACCAUCUCCUUAAUUGGAGCUUUCAGAUUGCUAAGGGAAUGGUAUACCUUGAAGAAAAACAUCUUAUUCAUCGUGACUUGGCUGCUAGGAAUGUCCUUGUUCAGAGCCCAGCACAGGUGAAGAUCACAGAUUUUGGUCUGGCCAAGUUCUUGGAGGUUGAUUCCAAUGAAUACAAAGCACAGGGAGGCAAGAUGCCCAUCAAAUGGUUGGCCUUAGAGUGUAUUCAGUUCAGGAGAUUCUCACACAAAAGUGAUGUAUGGAGUUUUGGUGUAACGCUAUGGGAGCUGAUGACCUUUGGAGGAAAACCCUAUGAGGGGGUCAAGGCCCGAGAGGUUCCUGAACUCUUAGAAAGGGGUGAGAGGUUACCCCAGCCUCCAAUCUGUACCAUUGACAUAUACAUGCUGAUGGUCAAAUGUUGGUUGAUUGAUGAAGACAGUAGACCUACAUUCAAACAGCUGCAAGAAGAACUAGAGAGAAUGACCAAAGAUCCUCAGAGGUACCUUGUCAUCCAGAAUGAUGGUGCAUUAUCCCUACCAAGCCCCACUCCUUCAGAUUUCUAUGAAACCCUGAUGCAGGACACCGAGUCAGGAGCUGAUCCCAACUUACUCAUGGAUGCUGAGGAUUACCUACAACCAAUGAGCCCUGCACAUAAUCUCACCUAUGAGAGUCAGCAAGGUUUCUUCCCACCAAAUGGUGCUGCACCUAUGUCUCCCUCAGGCAAGCCAUCUGGUCCAGUGAGAAAGGAUAGCAGUCUUCAUAGCUAUUGUCAAGAUCCAACAGUCAAGGGAAAUUUUGACAGGCAAAACAGUAAUAUGAGUGGCACUGAUCCAACUUUGAAUGAUGACUACAUGAUACCAAAUGAUAAGCUAGAUAACUUGAUGGAAGAAGAGCACGAGUACCAGAACGACCCACGAAGACCAACAGACCUUGGUGACAACUACCUCCCUCUGAACGAUGGAACAGGUUCUCAACCGAUGGUACACUCAGUUGGUAUGAUGGGUAAUCUAGAAUAUCAUGCAUUGAUGGAUCAAGCAUCACAGGGAGCCAAAUCACCCAAGACACCUACUAUACAUACUGGUGAUCCAUGGACACCUAUGCAACAACAACACCCUCAUCUGAUGGCAAGACAACGUAGCACGCCCUCACAGCCAAGAACACCACCAGGGUACGGCCCCAUGUCACCCAACGUAAGCUCAAGUACCCCUCUUCUUGGUAAUGUGUCCUUUGAGGGGCCUGUACCAAUCGGUGCUCCUGUCAUGAAUGGACAAAAUGGGAAUCACAAAGGCCUUUACCGCUCACCCCCACCCUCCGUUAGUUCUGGAAGCCUUGGUAGGAAUUCAACAAGGGGUAGUGUAGCUUCUUGCAUGGUUAAGCUAAAGCUAAGGAUUAACUUAGGCUCAUGGAUAGUCAAUAUCCGAACGCACCAGCACACUCCAAAGAUAAAUGUCCAAUCACACAGUCAUGUAGGUUAAGACAUCCAUUUAAUGAUAACAGUAGACUUGGUGGACGAAAUAACGGCGUGUUCACACAACGCGAAAAUAAAAUGAUCGAUGAAACAUAAGAAAUGGCGAAGUAGAACAGAACGAUAAAUAACUUGGAAGUGAUUGACAAACGUGAAUGAGCAAGCAAUUGGUGGUUCGCUGCAAUAAAAAUGAAAGUGUAAUUGCAAAAUUAGUAUAUCGUCAACAUAGAGAAAUUUACAUGAAAGAAUUAACGGUCAUAAUAUUUUGACGGAUAAAGAGAUGAUUAUUCUUACUACCAUGUUGGUAUUCAUCUUAUUGUUAUAAUAAACUAGUAAAACAGAAGGUAUAGAUAUAUACCAACGUGAAAAUCAAUAGCAAUAAAUCUAACUAAUGCUAAAGGAAUAAACUUAAUUCUGUAUAACUAAUAACCCGUCUGAACACACCUCUACUCAAGCUGUGCCUUAAACAAGAUUAUCUCCUUAGGGAUAGCAUUGACCAUGGGCCUAUACACAUUAAUAACUCUCAGUAACAGUGGCAUUGAAACCAUCACUUAACAAAGGCACUUUUGUUUGCUUAUUAGCUGUACAGCUUGUACACUCUCAGUGAGGAUUACACAUACCCUCUUCUACACUACAGUAUACUUCUAACCAGUGCAGUGCCAAAACUAUUUAACAACAUAUAUAAUUAUAGAUGUAAACACAUUUCAAAUACGUAGAAUAUUACUUGUUACAUACUUAAAGAUUCUCAACAACAAACUUCAUAUACAACUUCUGGUAUGACGUAGCAAAGAAAGAAUGAGAGGUAGAGAGAGAGAGAGUGAGAGACUCAGUACAAAGAUAUAACUUAUCCCUUGAAACUUGAAAUACAUAUAUAUACAAACUUGACAUAACUUGUAUAAUAUUAAUCUAGUAAACAUAACAAUAUUUCUAUGAGAACUUACCGAUUGUUUGACCUCCUGGUUUCACAAUAUCAGUAACUUUUGAUCAAAUGUAUAAUGGCACAACUUGUUGCAAUGAAACUUUUCUUCCUUCUGGGGUGGAAGAUGCAGAGGGCUUAUCACCCUUCUGAGAUGCUUAGGCUAAUUUGCAUAACAACCUAAGUCUUGACCAAUGGGUUUAUUGUUACUAUGCUCCCCUGGUCAGACCAGGGUGUGGCUGACCAACCAGAAUUGACAUUAUCAUAAACAACCUUGUUACUAGGCCAGAAAACAUACACAGUGACCAACUGGCAAUGACUUCACCUUAUUUGGGAAACAGAACAUGAAUUAAUGAAGGUUAAAUAUAUAUAGUCUUAACUUUCAGCCCACAUGUGGUUUAUGCCGCUACAUUCCGGCCCCAAUGAGCUAACCCAUCUAUUAGAUCAUUCAAACUAUCUGCUAGCGGUAAAAUACAUGUCAUAAUAAACAAAUUGAAUAUUAAAAUAAUAUAAUACCUCCAACUCAUAUGACUGAGACUUACAUAGCAUUAUACAAGAAGUAAUAUGAAUAAACACAACGAGCCAUUAUCGGUCACAUGAUUAUUAAAGAAACGUUUCCAAGUGAAACAUGGAAUAUCAAAAGGAAAAAUUAAAUCAUCAUGACGAAAUAUCAAUAUGAGGCAUUUAUGGCAUCUCUGAUCAAAUGACUUGAUAAUAUAAACAAUCAAAAAAUGGUCAUGAAUGGUAACAUCAUGGCAUUAUAACAUACAGUAAUUAAGCAAGAAAAUGAAACAAAAUUAAAAAUAUACAUGUUUUAAGAUCACUUGUAAAUUGUAACGAUUUAAGCAUUUGUAUUAGCUUCUAGUAAACACAGUUUUACGACUGGUCUCUUAAAAUACUUAUGGCCAACCCUGACCUCUACCUGUCUAACUCUGCCAUCUCUACCCGGGAAUACAUCUAGCUCCCUUCCUAAUGACCAUUGCCCACGCGGU